CCGAGUGGCUCCCCGCCCAGCGAGCGGCCUCUCUGCCCGGAGCCUGCCUGCGACGCUGGGGCCCAGGUGGGCCCGCUGACAGGUGGCUCGCCGUGGCCCGUUGGUCGGAGUUCUGACGUUUGCUCUGACCGCUUGGUUGAGGUGGCAUCUGCCAGGAUCUUCACUGGGACGUCGCUUUUGCUGGUUUCCGCCUCCUGGGAUGGAGGAAGCCGCCGGCCUGGUCCCUGAGGAGACACUUGUGGACGAAGCCCCCCCCGUGGACGAUGAAAGAGAUGAACUGGAGGAUCCAGAGUUGGUGGUUGAGUCUCUCCCCGAGGAGGCGGAGAACAGGCCGGGCCCGGGAAGCACCUGUCCAGGGUGGGAGCAGAACGCUGAGAAGAGGAAGCAGAAACCAGCCGCCCAAGACAGGAUUCAGGCGUCAAGGCUGCGCAAGAACCUGCACCUCCUGGACAAGCUGCACGAGGAGAAAGACCUUUUCAUUCAAAAAACUCGGGAGGAGCUGCGAGCUUGCCGCCGGAGGAUGGACCUCCUCACCGAGCAGCGGGAGAGCGUGGCCGCUGAGCUGGCCGCCGAGAGGGAGGCCGGCAAUGUGGCAGCCAUGGGUCGCCUGGAGGCAGCAUCCCGACGCCUGUGCCUGGAGCUGGAGAGGGAGAGGGACCUGCUGCCGAAGAUCUCGGCUGUGCUGCAGGAGAACGAGAGCACCAUGUGGCACCUCGAGACCCAGGAGAGACAGCUGCAGGACGUCUGGAAGUCGGUGCGAGAGGAGGCUGCGGCCGCCAGGAGGUGCCUCCGGGAGCAGACGGCCAAGCAGCUGCGCCAGGAGACAGAGGCCGCGGGGAAGGCAGAGAGGAACCGGCUGCUGCGGGUCCGGAAAUCCAUGCACCUGCAGAGGGAGCUCGGACUGAGGCACCAGAAGCUGGUGGCGGACGCCCAGCAGAACCACCGCGUGGCCGUGAAGUUCCUCAAGGCCUCCCUGGGAAGGGUCCGCGAGCGAGAGCGGAAGGCGGAGCUGGCGUCCCGCGAGCACGUGCAGAGGCGCAUGGACGCGGUGCUGGCCUUGAAGAACAGCAUUGCCGCCAGCCGGGAAACCCUCCGCCAGUUUCACGCCUGGGGCCGGGCCAAGGCGGAGCUGGCUGAACAGAAGGCCCAGGCCGAGAGGGAGGCCAUUCUGGCCCACGGCGGGGACGCUUUCAAGCACCUUUGCCAUCAGCGCCGGCGCCAGGAGCUGGAGGCGCAGAACCGUGCCUUCGAGCAGGAGCAGAAGCUCAGAAAGCAGGAGAUCGUGAGCCGGAUCUUGAAAGAGGAGGCUGGGGAGCACGCAAGAAAGAAGCAGGCACCCCCCAAAACCACAGGCCGGCCAAGCCUGCGGGACAAGACCUGGAGCCACCUGGCUGAGGUCUGCGACGGAAAGAGCACUGCGCCCCCCUCCUGCCCACCGCUGGAGGACAGUCUUCCAUCCCCGCGAGCCACCGUGCUGGCGCCGGCCAUCUCCAGCGAGUCCGUGCGGGUGGACCCCAGCAGCUCAGGCUGGCAGGAAGAGCCGCUGGUGAGGCCGGAGAUCCCAGGGCUCUGGAGCCAAGAGGCCUCCCCGCACCAGGUGCCCCAGGCAGAUGCGGGCCGGAAGCCCGUGGGCGGGACGAAGACGGACCAGGACCUGCUGGCGCGCACGAUCCGGUGCCUGCGCAGCGGGGCACCCCACAGGCAGGUGGCGUCCGGGCGCGAGUUCAGAGGGAGGCCCUUCAACAGCAAGCCCGAGCUCAUCCACUUCAAGGACUUUGACGUGGGCAGAGAGUACAAGAAGAAAGUCAUCUUGACCAAUGCCACCUAUACCAUCAACUACUGCAGGCUGGCGGGCGUGGAGGAGAGCCUGCGGGAUUCCGUCCGCAUCGACUUCGAUCCACCUGGUCCCAUGUCUGCCGGCAUGUCCUGCGAGGUGCUUGUCACCUUCAAGCCCGUGGUCAACAAAGAUCUGGAGGGAAACAUCUCAUUUCUGGCUCAGACUGGCGGGUUCUCUGUGCCUCUGAAAUGCUCCACCAGGAAGUGCUCGCUGUCCCUUGACAAGCAGCUCAUCGACUUCGGCAGCUACGUGGUGGGCGAGACUGCGUCCCGGACCAUCACACUGACCAACGCCGGGGGGUUGGGCACCAGGUUCAAGUUCCUCCUGGCCUCAGAGUCCUGCGAGAUGGACGCCUCCCAUUCGAUCCUGAAAAGAAGCAGUCUCUUCACUUGCGAAGAGAAAAGGUUUUGUGAUAAAGUCGCCACCAGUGUUUCUGAGCAGCGGAUGGAAGGCAAUGAGUCCUCCCUGCCCGAGGCGCCGAGCCAGAGGGAGUCCCAGGGGCUGGACGCCCGGAAGCAGGGGGAGGGCCGGCCCCCAGAAUCGGAGACCGUGACCACACCUCCCAGCAAGGAACAGACGGAGUUCUGUCUGGGAGAGAUGACAGAGGGGGAGAUCGCCCCCUUCGGCUCCAUCAGAGUGCCGGUCAUCUUCACCCCCCUAGUCCCGGGGACAGCCCACAGCAGGGUUAAGGUCGUGUUUCAGAAUCAGCAGUGCCCAACGUUGCAUUUCAGAGUCGUCGGCGUUGCCGUUGACGUGCCCGUCUGGGUGCCGAAGCCCGACGUGGACCUGAAGAUCUGCAUGUAUGACCGGCUGUACCAGGACUCCGUGCUCGUCCACACGCGGUCCAAAGCCGCCCUGCGCCUGAAGUUCGAGGUCUGCAAGGAGCUGAGGGGCCACGUGGAGCUCCUGCCCGAGACCGGCUACAUCCAGGCCAUGUCCUCCUUCUCGGUGCAGCUCAAGUUCCUGCCCAGACACUCCCUCCCGGAGGACGCAGGGAAGUACUUUGACAAGGAAAGCUGCGUUCUGGAGGCCCCGAUGACCAUACGGGUGGCCGACCAGAUCAGACCCGUGGGCUUUACCCUCCACGCCGUGGUCACCACCUCGGACCUGGAGCUCAGCCCCUCAGUGGUGGACUUUGGCUACUGCACCGUCUCGGAGGCCGUCAGGACCCAAGUCGGCCUCUGCAACCACUCCCUCCUGCCCCAGGGGUUCGGGUUCAUCGGGCUCCCCAAGUGUGUGGACGUCCAGCCCAACGAUGGGUUUGGGACGAUCCUGCCGCUGGAAACCCUGCAGCUCGACGUGAUCUUCCAGCCCAUCAAGGCCAAGGAGUACAGCUUCGAGCUCGUCUGCAAGUCCGAGAUCAACCGGUGCUUCAAGCUGACGUGCCGGGCCGUGGGUGUCCGUCCGCCCCUGGAGCUGUCCCACCACCAGAUCAAGUUCGCCGCCACCUCCUUGUACGACACAUCUGUGGCCUCCCUGUAUGUCAUCAAUUCCCACGUGAGCCUGAACUCCCUGACCCACUCGGUGCCACGCAUCGGCUCAGAGGACGCCUCCCCGGUGGGGCCCACAUCUUUCGAGUUCCUGCUGCCCCCAGAUUUGCCCAUCACCAUCUCUCCCUUGGUGGGGACCGUGUGGCCAGGAAAGCGGUACCUGAUCCAGGUGGCCUUCCGGCCCGUGCUGCCCAGUGAGCUGAUCCACCAGGAAGCCUUCCAGGCCCUGAUCAAAGAAGCCGAAAGCAAAUCCUCCUUCCGCAGGGACAUGGCCACCCAGAAGAAGGACCAGCGGAGGCAGUCUGUCUCCAUCCUGCAGCUGCAGAACCGAGAUCGGUCAUUCCGUUCCUCCUCCUCCCAGCCCCCCGAGCUGCAGAAGCAGGACCUCACAUCCAGCUCCCAGGAGUACCAGGCUGCGCAGGCCGCCCUGACCAGGUCUUUCCCAGGGAAGUUUGACAAGUUUGUGAUCCCCUGUGUUGUUGCCAGUGGUGACACCAAGGACAGGAAGGGGACGGAACCCCUGAGCUUCAGUCCCCAUAACACCCUGUACCUGGAGCUGUGGUGUCCGGCGGUGGCGCCAUCCAUCGUGGUGACGUCCGACAAAGGCAAGACCAUCUCCAACUUCGGUGACGUCGCUGUAGGACACCACGGCCUAAAGAAGGUCUCCAUCCAGAACAUCUGCCCCGAGGAUCUCCACCUGGAGUACUCCGUGCUGAACCCCAGCGGCCCCUUUGUCCUGCUAAACCCCAUCAGCAGGCUGCCCUCUGGCGAGACCCAGGUCCUGGAGCUGUCUUUCUCUCCCCGUGAGAGCUGCGUGGCCCAGGAAACCCUGGACAUCGUCACCAAGAGAGGCUCGCUGCACCUGACCCUCACGGGCACGGGCGUGGCGUCCGCGGUCACGUGCUCCAUUGAAGGGGACGUGCUGCACAUGGGUUACGUGAUUGCCGGGGAAUCUGUCUCCUCGGUCUUCAAGCUGCAGAACAGCUCCUCGCUGCCCAUCAAGUUCUCAGUGCAGCUGGACAGUCUCUCCACCAGGACCAGGAACCAGCACCAGCUGCCGCAGUUCCUGGCCGCCCCGGCCCAGAGGACAGAGGUUGUGGGUACCCAGAACCUCAGUGGCCAGAGCGUGUUCAGCGUGGUCCCAGUCGAGGGCGUCAUGGACCCCGGCAGGGCCCAGGACUUCACCGUGACCUUCAGCCCGGACCACGAGAGCCUGUACUUCUCUGACCGGCUGCAGGUUGUGCUCUUCGAAAAGAAAAUCUCCCGCCAGAUCAUCCUGAAGGGCGCGGCCCGCGAGCACAUGAUGUUCGUGGAGGGCGGAGACCCCCUGGACGUGCCCGUGGAGUCCCUGGCCGUGAUCCCUGCCUUCGACCAGGAGCGCAGAGAGGAAGCUGAGGAGCUGAAGCCCAUCCUGUUGACCCUGGCCUAUGUCCAGCAGGACACAGACACACCCGCCCCCCCUGCCACCCGAGAACUGCAGGUGGGCUGCAUCCGGACCACCCAGCUGUCCCCAAAGAAGACGGCGGAGUUCAGCCUGGACGGCGUCGCGUCCCUGCAGCACAAGGGCUUCACCAUCGAGCCCUCGAAGGGCUUCGUGGAGCGUGGCCAGACCAAGACCAUCAGCGUCUCCUGGGUGCCCCCCAUCGACUUUGACCCGGACCACCCACUCGUGGCGUCAGCGCUGCUGCAGCUCAGGGGGGACGUGAAGGAGACGCGCAAGAUCCUCUUUCUCGCCCACGUGCUGACCGGUCCCUGAGGCCGCAGGAGCCCCUCCACAAAGCCCCCCCGUCCUCCUGCCCCCACCAAGCCUCCCCUGGCCUGUGGGCCCUAUGACCCCAUGGCCAGGGCACCCCAGCCCCACAAGUCUGGCCGCUUCUUGCUGCCCUGGGGCCAGGGGGCCAGGGGCCAAGAGCUCCCCCUUCCUGAGUGUGGAUUUGGAACGAGCAACGCGGCCAGUCCUGAGCACGACCUACCCCUCACCUGAGCCCCUCGGCACCCCCGCCCCUCCCACACCCACCCAGCCUUUAGAGGCUGUGCUGGGGGUGGGGGAUCUGCCCCCACAGACCUGUCAAUAAAGCCUCUGAAUCCAG